CCUAAAUAAUCAAUCAUCUUGAAAUGCUCUCCAAUGUCCAUCUCAAUCGCAUCCGGAUCAAAGCUCUUCGAAAGAGCGAGAGAGAUGAUUUCCGUUGGUCUUCACCUUCUUCCGCCAUUCCUCGGCGCCUUCGUCGGCGUUCUUCAAGAUGCUCCGGCUCCUGACCGUCGUCUCGGAGCGAGCCCCCGGUGAUCAUGGACGGCGGCGGCGGCGGCGGCGACGACGAGUUUCGUCCGCCUGCCGAUACCGCGGAGCAUGCUUCCCCGGAGCAUGAGGAGAGGAACGAGGAUCCGGAGGACAUGAUCGGUGAACUGCCGCAUGAAAUUCUUGUCUCCAUUUUGUCCCUUCUGACCUUGAAGGAAGCUGUGAGAACUAGCGUUCUUUCUCGGAGAUGGAAAAAGUUGUGGAGUUACACGGCGGGCAGCUUGGAAUUUGAAGAUUCGAAGACCAUGCACGGCAUCUUGCGUAACACGAAAUCUUUGAGGGUGGAAAGGUUCAAGUUCAUUGGAUGGGUGAAUCGGGUGCUGGACUCGCAUCAAGGUUCAAGUAUUCGUGAGCUUAGGGUGCGUUUCGAUUUGAAUAAUCGCUCGAGGCGUUAUGUAGAUGAGUGGGUUGCAGCAGCAUUGGCAAAGAGAGUUCAGAAUUUGGAGCUGGACUUUUCACCCUUUCUCAAAGGGAACCAUCCUACAUGGUACACGUUUCCCAGCAAGUUCAUUUUUCCAAACACCAGAUGCCGUUUGGACUUGUCUUGCCUGAGGUCUCUGUGCCUGAAGUUCGUUAAUGUUACGGAUGAGAUUUUGGAGUGCAUCCUCAGCAGUUGUCCUUUUCUUGAGCGGUUGGUUAUAGUAGGCUCGGAGCUUCUUUCAAAUAUAAAAGUUGCAGGCUCCUCUCUGUCUCUGAAGCACUUGUUUAUAUAUUCUAAUAACUUUACAAACUUUGAAGUUUCUGCGCCGAAUUUGGUAUCACUUGGUUAUCACAAUGAUUCAAAACGAGCACCACAAGUGCUCAUCGAGAAUGCUCCUCUGCUAACUAGUGUUUAUCUUGGUGCUCUUUAUGAUCCUAUUAGUAUUUAUCUACAUCCUCUUUGGAGCUCUUUGCAUCAACUGGGAGCUCUUCACUUACACAUGAAUCUCUUCAAGGAUGGUCUAGAGAUACCGCAAUUUCCACUGUUAUUUAACCUCAGGCAUCUCACGUGGAUAGUUCACACAUCUGAUACAGCAAGUCUCCUCGGUUUAACUUCUCUUGUAGAGGCAGCGCCAUUCUUGCGUUAUUUUGAACUCAAGUUGGAGUGGACAGAACCAUGGAGACGAAGGAAUGCAAAAAAGGUGAAUGCAACUCCGAAUCGAUAUCUCAAGGUGUUGAAAAUACUUGGCUUUAGGGGGUAUGCAGUUGAUUCGGAGAUCAUCUCAUAUCUGCUUGAAAGGGCCACAAUGCUCGAGGAGAUUGUUGUUGUACCUCGUGCUGAUUUAACAGAGGGAACUCCCAUGGAGGAGGAACAAGCUGCAAGAACAAUGGCUGAGCAGUUGAAACCCAAACUACCUCAUGCAGCUAAAUUGAUAAUUUUGUGAUCGGUUAAGAUCAUGGUGUACAUUUGGAUCGACUGUCCUUUGCAAUCUAGUGACUGAGUGGGCGAUGGGUCCCAUAAUGUCUAUAAUUGUUUUCCCUUGUACCAAAUCAGUCUUGUGAACCAUGUCCGUACUCACACUGUCUCGCAUUGCCUCUAAUUGCUUCAACAUCGAACUUUACAGAUGGUUGUCA